AUGUUUCCCCAGGUAGGGGCACGUUUGCUAGAAUUCCACAGGAAGUGGACCGUAGUCACGCAGGAUCAGUGGGUAAUAGAAACCCUAAGGGAAGGGUUAAAAUUGGAAUUAAUGAUUCAACCCGAUGUAAAUAUCAAGGAAACAUGUGUACCAAGAUAUGGUAUUCACGAAUCAGUUAUUUUAGCAGAAAUAAACAUGUUGUCAGGAAAAAAUGUUAUAGAACCUGUGCCUGCAGGGCAAGAAAACGAAGGGUUUUACACCACCAUUUUUGUGGUGCCAAAGAAACAAGGAGGGCUUCGGACAAUUCUAAAUCUAAAACCUCUAAAUCAGUUAAUAGUGCCUCGACAUUUCAAAAUGGAAACAUUGUGUUCUAUAAUGAAAGCAAUGAAAAAAGGGGACUUUGCAAUCUCACUGGAUUUGACCGAUGCCUAUUUCCACAUUCCAAUUCACACAGAUUUCCAGAAAUUUCUAAGAUUCAGAUUUCUAGGCCAGAGUUACCAGUUUCGAGCAAGGCCAUUUGGACUUCGUUCUGCUCCAAGGGUCUUCACAAAGAUAAUGGCAGUUCUAGCGGCACACUUAAGAAAAAUGGUAAUCCAAAUAUUCAUGUACCUAGACGAUUGGUUGAUGAUCAAUCCAGACAAGAGAACUCUUCUUCAACAGAGAGACUAUGUAUUACAUCUAGUUCAGGAGCUGGGAUUAUUAGUGAAUUGGGAAAAGUCGUCCCUAGUGCCAUCCCAACAUAUAGAGUACCUGGGAGCACAUUUCAAUCUGGUAGAGGGCAUUGCGACACCAACAGAGGCCAGGUUUCAGAGUAUUUCAGACGUAGUGCAGACUUUAUCAAUAAGUCAACACACUCAAGCAGUAGUUAUACUCAAACUGUUAGGACAGAUGGCUUCAUGCAUUUAUCUGGUUCCGAUGGGAAGGUUACACAUGCGUCCCAUACAGUUAUACCUGUUGGCAAUGUGGAGACCAAAGAUUCACCCUCUUACUCAUGUGAUAGUGAUCCGGCCAAUCCUAAUUCAGCAUCUUCAGUGGUGGAUGAAUCGGGAAAACUUUUUCAAAGGAAUGCCUUUACAGGAUCCGCCAAUUCAACUGACAUUGAUUACAGAUGCCUCAGAACAGGGUUGGGGAGCACACCUGGAGAACUGGGAGACGUCAGGGGUCUGGCCGCAGCAAUAUCAACAGAAGCAUAUAAAUUGGCUGGAGCUAAAGGCAGUGCAGUUGGCUCUUCAAGAAGCUCUGUUUUUGAUAAAGGGAAAAGUGAUCCUUAUACGGUCAGACAACACAACAGUGAUAAGCUAUAUCAACAAACAAGGGGGGUCACACUCACCAGAACUGUGUUAUCUAACUUGGGAGUUGUUCCAGUGGUGCAUGGAGAACAAAAUUACAAUACGAGCUGUUCACAUUCCAGGGAAGAAGAAUUUUCUUGCAGAUGCACUUUCCCGGGGGAAAAAAGUUCGAAUGACAGAAUGGUCACUCAACAAAACUGUUGUAAAUUUAUUGUUCCAACAAUUAGGAACUCCAUGUAUAGACUUGUUUGAAACUGCGCAAAACAAGAAGUUGCCAGUCUAUUGCUCCCCGUUUCCGGACAUCAAUGCUUUUCAAGUAGAUGCCUUAGCAAUGGACUGGGAAGGGAUUUAUGCUUAUGCAUUCCCACCACCUAUUCUUGUGCCCAAAGUCUUACAGAGGAUACGGGAAGAGCAAAGUGUUGUACUUCUCAUUGCUCCAAUGUGGCCCAGACAGUCGUGCAUGGAAACUGUCAAAUUGCAACACAAGUCAAGAGGAUUUUCUGAAGAAAUUGCAGAAAUUAUGGCAAAUGCCAGAAAGACAUCUACACAAACAGUUUAUGAUGCAAGACUCAGAAUAUAUAACAGUUGGUGUAAAGAACAGGGUGUUAAUCCCAUUACAACAUCUAUACCCGAGUUAGCACAAUUUUUUAUGUAUCUCUUCAAUGUGAGAAAGUGUAAACCACAGACUAUAGCUGGAUACAAGUCAGCAAUAGCAAUAGUUCAUCAGAAUGGGAGCAGUAUUGGUACAAGUACAGAACUUUCUUCAUUGUUGAAAGGUUUAUUUAAUAAACACCCAUCUGUACGUCAGUUGACACCGAACUGGAAUUUACCACUGGUUUUGUUAACUCUCACAAAACAUCCAUUUGAACCACUAGAGUCAGCAGAUCUAAAGUUUUUGACUCUUAAAACUGUUUUUCUGGUAGCCAUAGCUUCAGCUUCGAGAGUGAGCGAGAUUCAUAGCCUCACUUUAGAUGAUGGUCACUUUAGAAUAGAGAGGAAAGGAAUAAAAAUGUUACCAAAUAUGGAAUUCCUGGCAAAGACUCAAACCAUAAAUAGACCAUGGGACCCUAUUUAUAUUCCUGCAUUUGAUUCAUUCGCCACAGAUUCAGAGGAUUUAAAAUUGUGUCCUCGUCGUGCAUUGAAGAUUUAUAUCAAUAGAACGAAAACUAUUCGGAAGUCGAAUAGGUUAUUUGUGACAUAUCAACAGAAUAACCACAAGGAAGCAUCAAAAGACACGAUUGCAAGAUGGAUAGUUAGCAUGGUUCGUUUUGCUUAUGAUAAUGCAGAAACAGCAACAUUGAAUCUAGUUAGAGCACAUGACACUAGACGUUUGUCAACUUCCUGGGCUUUGUUCUGUGGUGUAUCUGCAGAGGAGAUUUUACGGGCAGCACACUGGGCAUCUGAAUCUACUUUUACAUCAUUUUAUCUUAAAGAUGUUCCAGAUCAUCAGUCCAUUUUUGCCAAGGCAGCAAUUUUGGACUAA